AUGCUCGUCGCGCGCCCUCUCUCCCUCCUCCCUUUCGUCGUGCACGGCCCAUACUGCCGUCGUGCACGUCAUUCUUCCCGCUUCCACCUCCCCCUCGUCCCUCACCCGCGCACCCUUCCCCAUACAAUCCGCCCCCUCACCCUCCUCCUCCUCUCCUCUCUCCCUACUUUCCCCUCCCCAUCUUGCUCUCUCCUCCGUCUCUCUCCUCUCUCCCUCUGCCGCAGCUGGUACCUGACCUUGUCUCGUUGUCGUGCUCCUUCUCACACUUUCCCUCCGCCUCUUAUUUCUCCCCUCAGCGGCGCAGCAGCAAACAACUCUGCCCUUAUUCCUCCGCCUCUUAUUUCUCCCCUCAACGGCGCAGCAGCAGACUACUCCGCCCUUAUUCCUCCGCCUCUUAUUUCUCCCCUCAGCGGCGCAGCAGCAGACUACUCUGCCCAUAUUCCUCCGCCUCUUAUUUCUCCCCUCAGCGACGCAGCAGCAGAGUGCUCCGCCCAUAUUCCUCCGCCUCUUAUGUCUCCCCUCAGCGGCGCAGCAGCAGACUACUCCGCCCUUGUUCCUCCGCCUCUUAUUUCUCCCCUCAGCGGUGUAGCAGCAGACUACUCCACCCAUAUUCCUCCGCCUCUUAUUUCUCCCCUCAGCGGCGCAGCAGCAGACUACUCCGCUAAUUCUUCCUCCUCUUAUUUCUCCCCCCCAGCUGCUCAGCAGCAGACAACUUCAACAUAUUCCUCCGCUUGUUAG